AUGGACCAAUCGCACAAACAGGGAUACGAGUAUAUAUCGUACUGGCGUAAAUCACGGGGUCAUGUGAUGAAUACGGUGGUCCAGGAAUACUCUGCUAAAAGACUCUGCGGGAAAGACUGCAGUUUAGCCGCGAACGCUAGCCGAACAGUCGACGGAGAAUAA